AACUUGAACCGCGAUUGUCAAUUUGCGAGCAAACUAUAUAACCACCACCGGAUACUUGAAUCGUCCUCACACAAUUGCCUCAUUAUUGUCCACUAUUGUUCAUGAACAUGAGGCAGAUCCACCUCAGUGAAACGAGUUUGCACAGCUCUCAUAUCUCAAAGUUCAUUGUAGACUCUUGGAUAUAAGUAGACCAAUCCUGCUGAGGUUUUCUUGCUAUGGGCCCUUAAUCAUCGUCUAGUGUUAUUCACCCUCGCCUUCUUUGACUGCUCAUUGCCUGUAUAACCCCUUGAUCAUGCCUAUGCUGAGACGUCUUCUAGAAUCCGAUUCACGAGAGCCAGGUACCGCCGAUAUGAAUUUACUUUCAUCAACGUCUAAGGAUUCAUGCGAUGACUCUAAUCCUAUACUACCCCCGGAAUUGUGGCUCUGCGUCAUUGACUGGGUAGCUGUCUGUGGCGACCGUCAAGCCCUCAAAGCAUGUUGCCUAACCUGCAAAGGUUGGGUCAAAAUUAGCCAACAACAUCUGCACCAGGAGACAAGAAUCUUUCAUGGCUCUGCUAGACCGAUCGACCCCAAUCGUUACUCAUCUCCAGAAGUGGCUCGCUAUGUCAAACACCUGACGAUUGAAGAUUACCUUACUGAGGAUAUGAACUCAGAAGACGAUGAAGACGAAUUUAUGGUAGCCUUGGACGAAUACCACGAUACGUGGGAUAUUCUUCUACGCUUGACGAAUCUCGAACACCUCACUUUGGCUCCCUUCAACCCACGAUUCAUCACACAUACUCUAAGAUUCUACGUGCCACGUCUCCAGUACCUCACUCGUCUCGAGCUGUACAAAGCGGACUUCAAGAAAGCGAAAACCAGUUUCCUAUCGUUCCUCAUCUUGUUUCCGAGCCUAUCGUAUUUGCAACUUUCCGAUGUGACUUGGCCUUCGACGGACCUUUCAAACGUUUUCAACUACAAAUCACUACUGAGCGAGGACGAGACUCUUGAGAAGGUUAUGCGAAGACUCACGUGUCUUUCUUUUACUACCGCUUAUGAACGCUGUUGUGCAUCUGAAUGGGCAGAGGCACUCGAGUUACUGUCUCCCUCCGACUAUCACAGUGAUUUCAAGUUAAAGUUCUCUAUUACACCAGUCAGGAGUGUCCACGCGCUGCCCUUCUUACUCUCUGUGACUGGAGAAGCACUUCAGCACCUCACGCUUGGUAAAAAUUUCUUGGCGGAAUUCGCGACAGAUAGAUUGUCCACUAUGGAUGAUGUAGGUAUCCGACACAAUACGAGGCUGCGGACCAUUUCACUCCACACAUCCUCCGAAGCAAACACCGAUUGGAUCAAUACGGUUCUCUCCCAAGUCUCACGGAAAGCUCGUCUCACGAAACUCAAGAUCAAGAUUUACUUGAGACAAAGCCGUAACGAAGGGACCAUCUAUUACACCUUGGGUCAAUGUCUCAACUGGGUUCGGCUUGACGAAAUCCUGGAAGGACCAACCUUUCAAUAUCUGAGAAGCGUCCAGAUCGCGGUCUCUUACAGGAAAAGUGCCAGUCUGCCGGACAGAGAACGUCUUCUGUCGAAUACGUUCGCAAGAUUGCCAGCCUUAAAGAAACGCGAAAUUCUCUCGCUUCGGGUAUUCGAAUGGUCUCCCGACCUGACAUACGAAUUCAAAUGAACAGGGGACCGAAGAUGAUGGUUGGGGUAAUUGAAUGAGAGCACCGUUUGCAAAGAACGACGUGAAAGGACAAUGUACACUGUACAAUAUAUGAAUAGAUAUCAACCAAAUCAUCCUCAACGAUGGCUGCUAGAUGAAUAUCAAUCUGACCC